AUGAAGCUGGUCUUUGCCUUCCGUCAAUCGAAUCUGAAUCUUGGAGCAUGCGAUCGUGAACCAUAUCUGUUCCUUCCGCGGUACUGCCACAAGAGUGCUUCUUUCUUCUUGACCACCACCUGCCCACAUGUCCAGCAAACACCGACUCACCGUGGCUCCAAUCGGGGUUUCGACCUGGCCGUUUUUCGCCGCCUAAGGAGUUUGGAGUCAACUUCCCUCUCUCCGUUUCCUCAUCUCUCUGAUUAUGCUAUCCAGGAUGGCUCACGAAUGCUCGUCAAGCUGGUGAAGAACGACAUCCAGGUUGCGGUCCUCUGGGUGUGGCGCUACUGCAGAGAUCUGACAUGGGCGACGACCGGCGGGGUUCGUGAGUGCAAUCUUUCAGUCAGCCUCGUUCUUGGUGCGCUCACGCUGAUUCCAUGA